CUCAAGUAUUGUUGUGGUCAGCUGGUGGGGAGAAGCACGGAAUGAAGCUUAAUUGAGGAAGGAUGGGGAAUACAAAUUCAUGAGGCAUUGGUAGCCCUUUUUUUGUAAGAAUGUCUCGUAAAGAGACACCAACUACGGCUGGCCAUAGGGCAGGGCCAGAAGGAGGGUCAGAGUCACAGGUGUCCUCACCAAGUGAAGAUUGCAAGUUUGUCAAUGCUGCCCACCCAGAAGCUGUGCUUGGUGGAUUAAAUGACUUGCGGAAAAAAGGACACUUCUGUGACGUGACCUUAUGCGUAGAUGGGCAGACAUUCCCUGUACACAGAUCAGUGUUGGCAUCAUUCAGUCCCUACUUUAGAGCAAUGUUUUUGAGCAGCUUAGCAGAGUCUCAAUCAGAGCACGUAACCUUAAGUGGAGUUGAUGCGAAUAUGGUUUCCCUCCUACUAGACUACGCAUAUACUUCUGCAAUAACAAUUACAGAGAGCAAUGUUCAGGCCCUCUUAAGUGCAUCAAACUUAUUGGAAGUAUCUGCUGUGAGAGAGGCAUGUUGCCGAUUCUUGGAGCGUCAUAUUGAUGUAUCAAAUUGUGUUGGGAUUCACUGCUUUGCUGAAGCACAUGCUUGCCACGAGCUCACCAAGAAAGCCAAAGCUUAUACAUUAAGAAAUUUCACAAAUGUGGUCGUAGGAGAAGAAUGGUUGAAUCUCCCUGUCGAAAAGGUUGUAGAGAUAAUAUCUGCAGAUGAGUUGGAGGUGGAAAGGGAAGAGCAUGUGUUUGGAGCCGCCACAGCUUGGCUUCACCAUUCCUACCAAGCAAGAGCACCUACUUUCCAUAAGAUCUUGGAGAAUGUGAGACUAGCCCUUGUUAGUCCUUAUUUUUUAGUGGAUGUUGUGGAAGGAGAAAUGGCCGUGAGGUCCUCGCCAGAGUGCCGUGUGAUAGUGGAGGAGGCGAGGCUCUACCAUCUCCUUCCCGACAGACGCCACCAGCUGACAUCCCCGAGAACGAGACAUCGAAGGAACACGAACACAACGACUGUAAUUGUGGCAGUGGGCGGUGAGGAUAACAAACUUGUGUUGCGAUCAGUUGAAUGUUACGACCCACAUGCUCACUGCUGGAGGAGUCUCUCUUGUCUACCGUUUGCCGUGAGUAAACAUGGACUGGUUGUCUCAGGAGAAAAUGUUAUGUAUUUAGCGGGUGGUGAAUUUCCUGAUGGCACUGUCACACGGUGCAUGUGGCGCUAUGAUCCUGUUUUGGAUGAGUGGCACGAUCUAGCUCCUAUGUCAAUGCCAAGAUCUGAAUUAGGAGCUGCCUCUCUCGAUGGAUAUAUUUAUGCUGUAGGUGGAUGGGAUGGGUCCAGCCGAUUGGACUCCGUGGAACGUUAUGAUCCACGUACAAACUCGUGGAAGGAGGUUGCUCCAAUGAAGUUGUCCCUCACAUCACCUGCAGUGGCUGCCUGCCAAGGAAAGCUGUAUGUUUGUGGAGGGGCCAUCUUAGAGGAUGGAGAUGGCAUUGACAUGGCUCAAGUGUAUGACCCUCACACAGACACAUGGGAGCAGCUUCCUUCAAUGAUCAUUCCUCGCAGUGGUUCAGCAGCAGCGGUUCUUCAUGGACUCAUUUAUAUUAUUGGAGGAUGGCAUGCUUCAACAGAAAAUACAAAUAAAGUAGAGAGGUUUGAUCCAAGAACCAGUACAUGGCAAACUGUGGCCGGCAUGUGUGAACGUCGCUAUAGACCAGGUGUAGCAGUGGUUGACAGUAAGAUCUACAUACUUGGAGGAGAGGAUGGUUGGGAGCAUUUCCAUGACACCAUUGAAUCUUACAGCCCCACAGAAGAUAAAUGGACUCCUAUCGGUGAAAUGCUGACAGGCAGAUCAUGGCUUUCCUGCGCACCACUCAGGAUCAAAAAGGAGAUUUUAGGCGACUUGGCGACACCCCUGUCUUGACAUCCACGAGCCUCCACCAAUCAGGCACGACAAACACUUUGGAAGUAGAUGGAGCAACCUCCAACUCUUUCGAUCCUGUAGAAUUUUACAUGGAUGUGUUUGUGCUUUCUGAAGAUAGUUCUUUUAGAUCUAAGAGCAUGAUGUGUGAAGGGACUUUACUGCAUUGUCAGGUUGACAAAGAAUAAUAAUAAAAAAAUAGUGAAUGAAUAUUGGAAAGAAUGCAGGCUGCAGAACUUUUAGUAUGUUUAUGAGGUAUAGAAAAAGGGAAAGAUCAUUGCAGAAAAAUAAUUUAUGUGUUCCACACACACAAUUCACAUGCUCUUUUCAUUGGUGGAGGCUCAAGAACCCGGCAUUGGUGUGGAAGGGGGCGACCCAAAGGGCAAGCUGGAUGCUUUUUCUCAUUCUCAUCCCAUUUUGUUCUUUUUCUUAGUAUAUGCUUGUCUUGCCAUAUACUUGCUUUUCUUUUCUUUUUCUUUUUUUCUAUUCUUUAUAAGUUCAUUUGUGUGUUUGUUUGUUUUUGUCUACAAGACGCAUUGCACAUUAUACAUCCUUGUCAUGAGUGCUUAUCAUUGUUGAUUUUAUUCUUAUGGAAAAAGAAUCAAGAAAACCUGAUCAUGUGUUUCUCUCAGUUUCAUUUUAUGUGACUUAAAGUAAUUAUAAAUGAUAUGUGAUGUGUAUUGUGUCUUGUGUAUUUAUUUAUUCAGAUUAAUUGUAUUCAGAGAAAAACAAAUUUCUCUUACCUUUUUAUGAUGUUUCUCCUUUUAUUUUAUUCUCUCUCUUUCUUUCCCCUGCCUGCUCACAAAUUAUUUUGCAAUUAAGGAAAUUAGAGAGAGAGAAACAGUAGUCUUACAAGCUUUAUUUAACUUUCUUAAGCAUUAUAGUUUAAUUGCCUGGGUAUUCUUUAUUUGAAGCGAUAAAAAGAAAUUUGAGAUGCUAGGGAAUGAUUGUGUAGGUAAGUUAUAUAUACAUACAUACAUAAAAAGAGAUUUCAAAUCAAACUGCCAUAACCCAUACAAAACUCAGUAUAGAGCCAUGAAUGAUGAGUUUUGUAGUUGUAGUUGUAUGCCUUUGAUGAAAAUGAUGCAAGUGAUCCUCUAGCAAUAUAUAUAACAAAGUAUUAAAGUGAAAGAGUAUUAAUGUCACGUACAUUUCAGUGUCCCUUUGCGCUUCAUGUAUGACAGUCAUGGAAGUGGCUUUUAUAAAGAUCUGUUUAAAAAAGAUAUUUUAAAAAAUAGUAAAAAAAAAAGAUGAAGGUUGCCAUAACUUUUAGCUCAUGCAAUAAGCUAGUAGUGUAGGAAAAUGGGAAAGUGGAGAUAUUCUGCAUUGGCUGCAAAUGCAAGAAAACAACUUGCAGAUCUGAAACCUUUAGAAUAGAAAAGUUUGUUUCUUUUACAGUUUCCACAACAGUUGUUUUUUGUAAAGUUGUUCACAGUCAUAAUUGAGUUUCCUCAAAUAUCACAUUCAAUUUCAGAUUUUUUUGUCAGGUGUGAUGUAUGAAGAAUCAAUGUUCUUUUAUUUCUUCUUUUUUCUUAAAUGUCAGUCACAAAUGCAGGCAUUUUAAGGUAUCAAAGCCUGAAUAUAAAAUAUUUUUAAUUUAAAACAAAGAAUCAGUCUUAUCUCCCAAUUAAGACCUGUAUUUAGUAGCUUAGCAUUAGUUAUGAUCAUGUAGGUUAAUGAGGUUGUGAUAUGACAUGACAUGAAAUGGAUGAUAUACCGUAUGCUACAAUAUGAGUGAUACCAUAUCAUGAUGUUUUAAUGUCAUACAUCCUCUGUUAGAGCAGUUUCAUUAGUAAGUGUAUUGUUAGUAUAUGUAUUUCAUAUUAUUCUUUGGAUGGGUGUGACAGAUUAACAGUCACAAUGUUUGAUAACCCAGUGCUUUUGAAGACACCUUUCCUCACAAACUUAAUCACAAAUUAUUUUUAGUUUCUUUCUCAUUGUUUGGUUUGAUCCAUACAUACUUUUUGGUUAACUGUACAUUUAUAAGCUUAGACCAAGGAAUAGAUUUUUUCUUCCUUUUAUGAGAAAAUGUUAUGUUCAUCUUUUUUCAUCUAUUAUAACGAAAUUUAUAUAUUGAUCGCUUUGUCUUUUCUUCUGUUCUGAGAAUUUCUUUUUAUUUGUUUGAAUAGCGUAAUGUACAACUGUUCAUCCUUUUCUGCUCAGUGUUUCCAAUACAAAGUUCAGCUCUUUGACAACUCUUGCUUGUAACUGUUUCAUUGAUCACUUGAUACCCUAGCUCUGACUGCUUCUCCUACUUGUGUACAAGUCCUUACUAUAUGCUACUUGCCUUGUAUGAUUCAAUAAAACCAAUCCAUAGCUAUACUUUGGCAGGGGUUUGAAGUGAAGCGUGAUCCAUAGAGAAAAGAAUUACUAAGUCAGUCUAAUUUAGAUGUUCCCAUGGAAUAUUUACAGUAUAAUAGGUCUUUAGUAUCCGUUGACUUAUGGUUAGUGUUGUACAGUAAUAACUUUUGUGAUGGUUGCUUGUCCUUAUUUACUCAUAUGACUGACUCAAGUCUGUUUAGCUGAGAGCAGAGGUUAGUAUAGUGUCAGUUAACCUUGGUAGGUGUUCAUUUUCUUAGAAGCAUUGAGUAGAAUUAAAUGUGUUCUGUGGCAAUCAAGUUUCCAUUAUGACAGGUUGCUUAAAAGGAGAAUGUGAAUGUAAUGUGGUCAUGUUCUGCAUAACGUCCAUGAUACAUUCAUUGAAAUGAGAUAUGUGACUUGAACACAAUACUACAUAGCUAUAUGGAAUGCUGUAGUGAACCAGUAUUAACUAAUUAGCACUGUUUUUGAUGGAGGUCAUGGAAAUAGUCUGUAUUAGAAAUAUACUACGAUGCACAAUGCACAAAAUUAAACACUAGAUGCUACAGGCAUAUAAGCUAUUGAACAUUUCAUGAAUGGACUUUAUGCAGUGCUUGGCUGAUCAUUGUAGAUUUUACCCCCUAGUCUUAAAGAAAGUGUGUUCCAAUGGCUCAUAUAACAUUAUUUUUGACCAUAUAAUAUCUGUGAUAUGUAGUUUUACUCGGUUUACUUUUCUGUUACAUUUUUCACCCCUGCAAGAAAUGGAAAUCGGUUGACUUUCAAGAUUUGUAUUUUUAGUUAUCACAGAUGGACAGUAUUAGACUAGAAUAGUUGAGGCUUCAUUAGUACAUACAUAACAUAUAAAGCUUAUGUUUCAGGCCUCAUAAGAUUUAAGCAUACAAGGUUAUGUGAAUCCUACUUUUGUUUUGAAGUUAUUGGCAAUAUUUAUGAUAUUUUACCACAGAUGUUUAUUAUUUUAAUUUUAACUGAUUUGUGAAAAUUAUGCAUAUUUCUGCAUAGUUUUAUGCUGUUCAGGUUGUCAUAUAUUUGACUCGCCAAAAAGGACAUGGAAUAUUUGACAGUGGCUGUUGAAUCUGGGCAUCCUUUGUCAUUUAUUGUACCAUGCAACGUCCAUUAACCCAUACUGUAGGUCUACAUAUCUCAGUAAAGUAAAUGAAAAUACUAGGAUUACUUUUUAUAUAUUUGAUAUCUGUAUUAGGAUACUUUAAGGAUGUAGGCUCGAGUAAUUUCUAUGAAAAACUGGGAAGCCAUUUUCACCAGAUGUAAACUAGACUAUACAGUUCAUAUAUGUGAAAACAUUUGGCAACUUAUUUUAUUCAUUUAUUAGUGACUAGCCUGUCUGCAUGUAUAGAGUGUGCCUAGGCGUGGGUGUGUGUGCUUGCUUGCAUAUGUGUGUGUGCAUGAUUACUUGUGUGCGUGGUUGUUUGUGUGGUUGCAUGUGUUCAUGGGUAUGUGUAUGUAUAUGUGUGUGCGU